AUGAUGACUUCUAAUGAAACCGACGCUCAAAUUGUUUUUCUCUGCUAUCCACUCCGGCCAGACUCCUGUCUGAAAAUAUCACGUUAUGUUGUGGUUAAAGUGGCAAUGUAUGCUUUCUUGGUGCUGAUGAUCCUCACAACAGUUUUUGGGAACCUGCUGAUCAUCAUCUCCAUCUCUCACUUCAAACAGCUUCAGUCUCCAACUCAUCUGAUCGUUCGCUCUCUGGCUGCUAGUGACUGUCUGCUGGGCUCUUUGGUCAUGCCGUACAGCAUGGUGCGAUCUGUUGAAGGCUGCUGGUAUCUGGGAGAUGUUGUGUGUAAAGUGCAUUCUAGUUUAGACAUGAGCUUCUGUAUCUCCUCCUUACUGCAUCUCAGUUUAAUAUCUGUUGACAGGUACAUGGCCAUUUGUGACCCUCUGAGAUACAGAAUGAGGGUCACAAGCAACACUGUGACUACAUUUACUACCUUCAUAUGGCUGUUUUCAUUUGUGUACAGUUUUUCUGUUGUGUUUUCAGGGAUAAAUGCAGUUGGACUUGAGAUGCUGAUACUGCAGACUCAUUGUGUGGGAAGCUGUGUUUUGUUUUUUAACAAGCAGUGGGGUCUUAUAUGUCCAGUUCUUACAUUUUUUCUUCCUGGGAUGAUCAUGAGCUCUCUGUAUGUAAAAAUCUUCCAUGUUGCACGGAAACAUGCAAAGGUUAUGUCAGAAAGAGUGACUGGAGAGAUGAAGAGUCAAAGCUCUGCUCACAGAGAGAGAAAAGCAGCUAAAACUCUGGCUAUUGUCAUGGGUGUUUUUUUGUUUUGCUGGAUGCCGUAUUUUACUGUUACUGUUCUUGACCCUUUUCUCAAUUUUAUGACCCCAGCUGAUGUUUUUGAUGCUUUGGUUUGGUUUGCAUACCUGAACUCCACUUGUAACCCACUGAUUUAUGGUUUUUUCUACCCUUGUUUUCAGAAUGCUUUUAAGAUUCUUAUAUCCACUUAUGUCUGUUGCAUCAGUGAUUCAAACACCAUGAUAUCAGAUUGA